AUGAUUCUGAUCUUCAUAUUUGUUAUCACAGUUGUCACAAAUACAGUUAAAGGUAAGUUCCUAUUAAAACUAACAGGUGAUGAUGACGUCACAGCCCUGUUUAUAGACGGUGUUCCACGAAAUAUUACCAGCACAGGUUUUACAGAAGAAGUGGUAAUCUCAGAAGACUUCAUGCCUCGUCUCAUAGCUAUAAGAGCUUCCAAUGCUCCUCAUCUUAAUAAUCAGAAUGUCAUCGAAUACACUGCUGGGAUACUAGCAUCACUGACAAAUGAAGAUGGAGACGAUAUCAUAGUGACAGAUGGUAAAUGGAGAUGUUCUGCGGUGUUAGAGCCAGGCUGGGAGAGAGUGAUGUUUCGAGAAAGUUCUGACAACUGGAGUGAUGCUGCAACACUAGCACAACAUGGACAAGGAGUAUGGUCCAAUAUUUCAAAGUACGUUGGGAGUAUCUCCCAUGAAGCUAUGUGGAUCUGGGACAGUGAAAGUGAAAGUGAAACUGUGUACUGUAGGAGGAGAGUUACACAUCUUAAAUACUCAGACCAGGAUAUAAGAGAGAUGCUAGUUGGUCAGAUAUUGCCCGUAAAUGCUGAACAAUCCGGCACAAAGCAAGACGACGAGCUGAUAAAUGGUGCUCAAAACGCUGUAGAUCUGAACACCAAGACCUCCUCGAGGGCAGUAGCUGGAUCUGACGGCGUAAUGUGGUUGAAGCUGACUCUUGGUCACGUGUACUGUGUAAAUCAAAUAGCCUGGUACAUGUCUGAAAGUCAACUUCAACGCAGUUGGAUUUGUACAGAGACAGAGUGUAUCUGCCAGGAUGACGGUUGUAAGGGAUUCUCCUUGACUUUCAACAUUGUGGGACAGACUCCAGACGGACUCCCCUCAAGGUCCAACUGUAAAUACGGGAACACGGCGAAGAUACAGAGAGUUAUUGGGGAUGGUGGUAUUGUAGUGUUCGAGAUGACCAUCGAAGGAUUGUGUCCUUCUGGGACCUUUUUGGAUAACGCAACUGACCAAUGUAAAAAUUGUUCAUCUGGGACGUUCAAAGAAGAAGUUGGGUUACAAAAUCAGUGUUCUGAAUGUGAAGCAGGAAAAUUCAGUGCUGCUGGAUCAGCAACAUGUUGUGAAGCAGGAAAAUACAGUGCUGCCGGAUCUGCAACAUGUUUUGACUGUGAAGCAGGAACGUUCGGUGCUGCUGGAUCUGCAACAUGUUCUGACUGUGAAGCGGGAAAGUACAGUGCUGCUGGAUCUGCAACAUGUUCUAACUGUAAAGCAGGAACGUUCAGUGCUGCUGGAUCUGCAACAUGUUCUGAAUGUGAAGCGGGAAAGUACAGUGCUGCUGGAUCUGCAACAUGUUCUGACUGUGAAGCAGGAACGUUCAGUGCUGCUGGAUCUGCAACAUGUUCUGACUGUGAAGCGGGAAAGUACAGUGCUGCUGGAUCUGCAACAUGUUCUGACUGUGAAGCGGGAAAGUACAGUUCUGCUGGAUCUGCAACAUGUUCUGACUGUGAAGCGGGAAAGUACAGUGCUGCUGGAUCUGCAACAUGUUCUGACUGUGAAGCGGGAAAGUUCAGUACUGCUGGAUCUGCAACAUGUUCUGACUGUGAAGCAGGAAAAUACAGUUCUGCUGGAUCUGCAAUCUGUACUGAUUGUGAAGCAGGAAAAUUCAGUGCUGCUGGAUCUGCAACAUGUUCUGACUGUGAAGCAGGAAAGUUCAGUGCUGCUGGAUCUGCAACAUGUUCUGACUGUGAAGCAGGAACGUUCAGUACUGCUGGAUCUGCAACAUGUUCUGACUGUGAAGCAGGAAAGUACAGUGCUGCUGGAUCUACAACAUGCUCUGACUGUGAAGCAGGAAAGUACAGUUCUGCUGGAUCUGCAAUCUGUACUGAUUGUGAAAUUGGACUGAAGGCAAACGCUGAGAAAACAAGAUGUGAUCCGUGUCCAGCGGGUACCUACAAAGACAGUUCAAUGGAAAACUGCCGAAAAUGUCCUGGAAACACAUACAGUGUAUCAAGUGCCGGUAAAUGUAAUGCUUGUCCUCACGGAUCUCAUGCGAGCGAAGACCGGACAACAUGUGAAGUUAACUUCCUUGACCACCUCAACACAACAGAAGUAAUGAUUCUCACGGAGAUGAAGCCAAUUGGACUCCUCAACUCGGAGAACAAGCUCGAGCUGAGCUAUCUAGAGCACAAUCUUCACAUCGUGGCUGAAACCUUUGUUGUACUUAAGGAGAUCAGUAGGUGCCAGUUUGGUUCCGUCCACUUAGCGACCCACAUCAGCAACGGAACAAUGGUGGCUAUAAAGUUCAUCCCUACUAACGUGGUAAAGUGUUUCAACAACAAGAGUAUUCUGGAGAGAACGUGUAACCUGCAGGAGAUGGAUGUUGUGGUGGGGAAGCUACCAGCAGAGUUCGUCUACGGAACAGUGUGCCAGUCUCCGGAGAUUAUACGGUACGAGGCUUGUUUUGUGGACCAGGGCUGCUGGGCUCUGGUUAUGGAGUAUCCUGUGGGCUUCUCUGUGCUCAGAGACCACGUGAUAUCACAUGGUCCUCUAGACCUCGCCUCUCUCUGCAAGAUCACCAGACAACUGGUUACUGCCAUGAACACGUGCGUUAUCAACGGAGUAGACCACAGAGACCUCUCCCAAGAUAAUAUCCUCUACAACCCGGACACAAAGCAGAUAAAAGUAAUCGGUCUGGGACACGCUGCCACACUCCACAACAAGGAGCCUUACAAAACCCCCACCAACUCCAGCAACCUGCCUCCUGAAGCCAAGAAGUACGGUGUUUGUAGUCCUCUUCAAACCAUGGUCUGGAAGUUUGGCUCCAUCUUGAACUUCUGUAUGAUGGGAGCAGGUAGAUUGAGCAGGAUGAGUCCUCCCUCAGCAGUGAGCAGUAAGAAUCCUAUUGAGUUUAUUGUAAGGAGGUGUUUGGACAAGGAUCCAAGGAACAGGAUAUUGUUUAGUCAUCUCAAGAAACAUAUCAACCAGCAUCUCUGA